AUGAUGAAUGGAAACGAGUUGAAACUGAAGGAAAUAUUGGUAAACAAAUGCCACGAGGUUGAAGCAGAGGUCUUGGAAGCUGUCUUGGUUCAUUACUUCAAGAGCAGGUGCGACUACGUCAGAACUCCUGGCAGUUUUGAGAUACCCAUUACUCCUCAUCCCUCUCAAGAUGCUCCCAGUUCUCUUAGUUCAUAUUCCCUGCUCGUCGGACUCCAGCAGGGGACUCCAGCGGGGGGACUCCAGCGGGGGGACUCCAGCGGGGGACUCCAGCAGGGGGAUUCCAGCAGAGGACUCCAGCAGGGGACUCCAGCGGGGGGACUCCACCGGGGGGACUCCAGCGGGGGACUCCAGCAGGGGGAUUCCAGCAGAGGACUCCAGCAGGGGACUCCAGCGGAGGACUCCAGCGGGGAGACUCCAGCGGGAGAUUCCAGCGGGGAGACUCCAGCAGGGGACUUCAGCAGGGGGACUCCAGCAGGGGGACUUCAGCAGGGGGACUCCAACGGGGGAGACUCCAACGGGGGACUCCUGGGGGGGGACUCCAGCGGGGGGGACUCCAGCGGGGGACUCCAGGAGGGGGACUCCAGCGGGGGACUUCAGCGGGGGGACUCCAGCGGGGGACUCCAGCGGGGAGACUCCAGCGGGGGAACUCCAGCUGGGGAACUCCAGCUGGGGAACUCUAGCGGGGGGACUCCAGCGGGGGGACUCCAGCGGGAGGACUCCAGCGGGGGACUCCAGCGGGGAGACUCCAGCGGGGGGACUCCAGCUGGGGAACUCCAGCUGGGGAACUCUAGCGGGGGGACUUCAGCGGGGGGACUCCAGCGGGGGAACUCUAGCGGGGGGACUCCGGCGGGGAAACUCUAG